AUGACACAGACUAUCGACGUAGGUACUCUGUUCUGGAAGAGUAACAAAUCGACAACAAACUAUCACGACGAACCUGGUCUCUAUACCCAGACUGGAAGGCUUUCUUCCCAGUUAACUAACCACAAACCAUGUACCAGGGGCACGUUGGCCCAAGGUGUCACACUUUCGGUAACCGGAAAAGAGGAACGGGGCGCUGCUAUGGCCGAUAAGCCUGGCCCGCACGAGAUUGGCCAAGAAUUCGGGACCCUUGCCGGUCCAACACCAAGACGAGAAUUGACUGGUCGACAAUCUGGACCCAACAGCCAAUCAUGA